UGUUUCUCCCAAUGCCUUCUUUGCCAGAAAGGAGGAGAGACUGGCGGCGGAGAAAGAGAGAACGCAGCGUGGGUCUUUCGCCCUUGGUUUUGAGCCGUCGGGGAGUGAUCAUGGAACCUUGGCUCUCUUAUCCCAGAUGUCUUCUGACCUGCGUGUUCUUCUUGGUGUUGUCUCCCUGGCCAGGUGCCAGAGCCCAGGAGCUGGCGGUGCUACAGACCGAGGGACCCUUGAGGCUGACCGCAGGAGAGACCCUCGACCUCAACUGCACGUUGAUUGGCUAUGGCCCACCAGGGGGCGUCCGAUGGUACAAGGGCUCCAACAGAAGCCAGCCUCCCGUUUACUACGAUAAAGCAGCACUCCCUCCCCGAGUGACCAGGGUCUUUCCUGGGUCAGACACGGACUACAGCAUCCGCAUCACCAACAUCCAGCCGGAGGACGCCGGGACCUACUACUGUGCGAAAUACAAGGCGGGAGUCCAGGAGACGGAAUAUAAGUCGGGAAAGGGCACUGAGGUUUCGGUGAUCGCCACACCGUCCCAGCCCUCAAUCACCGGCCCUCCAAGCAGAGUGGAUUCGGGGACCUUGGUGACUUUCAGCUGCACCUCGGAUGGGUUCUUCCCCCGAGAGAUCACGGUCACCUGGCAUAAGAACUGGAGGACCAUCCAUGACUCCCGGACCAUGACUCUGCCCCCGACAGAGAGCCCCUCUUACCGAGUUGUGAGCACCGUGGCGGUGACCCUCACGGAGAAGGACGUGAAGUCGGAGCUUACCUGCCAGAUCCAGCACAGCACCUUGAGCGGCCCCUUGUCGCAGAGCUUCAAACUGGGCAAUGCCCUUCGAGUCGCCCCCAAGAUGUCCACGGACCUCGGCCCCCAAGUCGACGCCACUGUGAACCAGCAAGUGACCAUCACCUGCAGUGCAAAAGGGUUUUAUCCCAACGACACAAGCCUGGUGUGGAGGGAGAACGGCAGUGAGACAGAUCUCGGAACACCUGAGCCCAUGACUCAGGAAUCGGAUGGGACGUUCUCCGUGAAGAGUUCCCUGGAGGUGAACGCAACAGAGCAGAGGAACCACUCCAUAUUCACCUGCUAUGCUGUGCGCAAUUCCCAGACCUCAGAUCAUCUAAACGUGACGCUGAAAAUACACAAAGAAGGAAAGGGAGAUUUCUCUUCAGCAGAUAAAGGGAACUUCUUUACGGAACACGCCCCUUUGUCGUAUAUCCUUGUGCUGAUUUGCGUGCUCAUCGUUGUCUUGGUGGCUGCUGUCCUCUACUUCGUCUGGGCCAAACAGAGGAAAGGUAAAGGGUCUACAUCCGUAAGAGGGAAGCGGCGAAAGCCGAAAGUGCUGCGGUUCCGCCUCGUAAUCCGCCCGUGUUCUUCGGCGGCGAUCUUAAACGACGCCAGCUCGUUAAUGGAGGCGGCACAGAACGAUGAGCACAGCCUGUUCCAGUGCCAGCUGAACCAGACCUUCCUUCCCAUUCAGGAGCCGGAUCCCAACAACGUUACGUACGCAGACUUAAACUUCGACAAACCCCCCAAGAAGAGCCCGCGCCAAGUGGUCGAGGCCGGCCAGAAGUCAGAAUACGCCAGCAUCCAGACCGCUCCGCUGGCGACCAGCGAAGACAACGUCACCUAUGCAGAUUUGGACAUGGUGCACCUCAGCAAAGCUCCCAAGAGACCCGCCCCGAAGCCCGAGGAAGGCGGCUCGGAAUACGCCAGCGUGCAGGUACAGAACAAAUGAACUGGGGCCGAAGUCGUCGGCUGUCUGUGGCUCACCGGCCGUCUCGCAGGGUCGCCAGACGGCUCCUUGCCGAGCUCUGGUUCUUGGCCUUGUCCUAAUGCUGAGUUCCAGUGGAGGCAUGUCGGGGAUUUGCCUGCCGCGCACGGUUCCUGCAUCUUCUUCACAUGGAACUUGAUGCACACAGCCAAGGUCAAGGAGGGAGCUAAUUGGUGCUACAUACCAUUGCAUUCUGGUCUGCCGGCUAGUUCACGGUGCCUCUCUCCGCCGCUUACACAGGAGGGGGGACGGGAGAGGCCUAGAACAACUAAGGAAUCUAACACUGCUUUUUAUCACUGGGACAAUAGCUCUCUUCUUUUAAUUCAUCCACACGACGCACGGAGGUGAAGUGUGCGCGACGGCCUUCUGAGGCCGUAGCGUUCGACGCCGUCGGACUGUUAUCCGCGGCGCUUCUUGUCC